AUGACAUUGGCUACCAGGACAAGCACGCUGCGUUCAGCUGCUCGCUAUGCUGCGGCGUUCAGCAACAGCAGCAAUCUCGCCCGCGUCGCACCCUUGGCACGACGUACGAUGAUCACCACCUCUUCCGCAACAACGCUUCUUCGAUCGCGAACCGCCUCACCUUGCGUCGCCACCAUCCGCUCAACGUCUGCCUCGCAGAUUCAAAAACGAACCAUGUUCAUCCAAACUGAAUCAACUCCCAAUGAAGACUCGCUCAAGUUCCUCCCGGGUCGUCAAGUGAUGGAAUCAGGAACACACGAAUUCCUCGAUACCCGUUCGUCCAUGGCUUCACCUCUCGCCAAGAAGCUUUUCAACAUUCCCGGUGUCGUCAGCGUGUUUUACGGUCCUGACUUUGUCACCGUCAGUAAAGAUGCUGAGCACCAGUGGUCAAUUCUGAAACCCGAAAUCUACUCUAGCAUCAUGGAGUUUUUCACCUCAGGACACCCGCUGUUCACCGAUCCCGAAUCAGCAGCUGGCUCGCAGGACACCGUCAUCCUUGACACAGACUCGGAAGUAGUAGCGAUGAUCAAGGAGCUCCUCGAUACCCGCGUCCGUCCAGCGAUCCAGGAAGACGGCGGAGACCUCGAAUACCGCGGCUUCGGCGAAGACACGGACGGGAUCGUCAAGGUGAAACUCAAAGGUUCUUGCCGUGGCUGCGACUCGUCCACCGUAACACUCAAGUCGGGCAUCGAACGCAUGCUGAUGCACUACAUUCCCGAAGUCAAGGGUGUGGAACAAGUUUUGGAUCCCGAAGAGGAAAUUGCGUUGGACGAGUUUGCCAAGCUCGAACAAAAGUUGGAGAAGGAUCGAAAGAAGGAACGCGAUAUGGGCUUCUCUCUUUGA